CACUUUGCACCUCAUUGACACACAAAGCGGACCAUGUCCAGAGUGGAGGCUUUCAGGGACACGAACCUUCGCUCAUUACUGAGGGAGUCGCGCACUGACAUUGCCAUGGCCGUGGACGACCCGUUCCCUCUUGUCUAUGGUUUGGCAGACAAAAACAUCAUCACUGACCAAAUGCUCAAGGACACGCUAGAGAAGGAAAGUAGGGAGGGGAUCCACAAGGCCAUGUACUCGCUCCUGUCCUGGGUCCUGGAACAGAGAAGAUCUACCAUCCAGGCCUUCUGGGAAAAUAUGAGCAAGGACUACAACCUGGACAGCUACAGCAAGCUGCAGACGCUGCUCUCUAACCUGCACUCCAAACGAGACGCUGCAGGUUCCAGAGGUGAGAAGAGUUCUCCCAGAUCUGACAAAACUCCUCACGUGAAGAAGAGGAGCCAUGAAGAUAGAGAGACCGGCUCCAGCAAGAUUUCACGCUAUCAUGCAAAGACAAGCGACGGUCCAGGGGGUAAAGUAAAGUUAUACAGAGUGAAGAGUGAAGCUCCUGCACCUCCGCUCACAUCUGGAAAUAGUGUGCAGGUAGUGUCCUCCUCAGUCCAGGCAGGAGUUACCCUCUCCUCCUCUUCUUCCUCCUCCUCUUUCGCCACUGAGCUGUCAGUCAGCCAUGAUGCCAGAGAAAAGAUCCACAUCAAGCAGGUGUUUGGCUCAGACGGUACCAUAAAGUGCAUGAAAGAGGACACCAGUGCAGCGCUCACGUUCAAGGCUGCUAAGAGCACAUUUCACCACAAGGGGGGGACAACCACAGGCAUGAAGGUUCAUUACAAUGACGAUGAGUGUGCAGUGUGUAAGGACGGGGGGGAGCUGCUCUGUUGCGAUGGUUGUCCUCGAGCCUUACACCUGACCUGCCUCGACCCUCCACUCACAACCAUACCAAGUGGCAGCUGGCAGUGUGAGCAGUGCCGUGGAGUGAAAAGAGAGAAAGGCCAGCUUCCUUUACAAGCUGUCGUGGCUCAGCCUCAGCAAACAAACACCAACUCCUUCAUAGACGCCUCCUUCUUCUCCUCACUGUCGUCCUCCUCCCUCACAAGUGUCACAGCUUCUGUGAAUGGACCCGCUGCCAGAACCCAGGGCUCAGGUCUGGACAUCGUGAGGGAGGUGUGUGGCCUGUGCCGUCUCGGAGGAGGAGACCUGACUCAGUGCCUCCAGUGUUUGGGGCGUUUCCAUGUGCACUGCCUCUUCUCAAAAGGGAGAUCCAUCUGCUCGUCCUGCUCGUCCUGCUCCAGACCCUGGGGCAGCUCUGCAGAGAAAGAGGCUGAAUCCAGAGGCUCACAGCUCACCCCAGUGGUUCAAAACACACUCAGUCAAGAUCAGAUCACCUCUGCCCCGGAGCCCAUCCUCCAUACGGCCGAACUGGACUCCAUCCUGGGAGAUCAGGGAUCCAUGGACGGCAUCUUGCAGUGGGCUUUUCACAACAUCUCCCGGCCUCUUCCAGACUCACAAGGGUGUUACCAGUGACGGGCGGACAUGUGAUCACACCUGCACCAAUGAGCUCUCACCGGCUGAAGUUAUAUUGCUAAUCAACAUCGCUGGAGCAUAAAGAACUGAUUUUAAAAUAAGCCUACACAAGAAAAAUAUCAAAUUAUGAGUAAGUAAGUACUCAGAUGUUUGUAACUGCACGUAUUAUUCAUGUAUUGCACAGUGUUUUCCUCUGAGAUAAACCACUGAGUCUUGGGAUGUGUGAUGAAUGGUUGGAUUAACCAGUUACAGGAUGUUUUCAUUAAAGCCAGUGAAACCAGCUCUGCUGAAAUUACACUUCAUUUAUGGGACUGUAUAAAAUGUACACACGGGUAUAUCUAGGAAUAUGCAGCAUUUAUAAACUCAAGCACCUAACACUAGAUUUUGACAUGAGGUCCACCACAAAACAAGACAAGCCCUGCCAAGGCCAUAUACAGGAAAUUAAGGAAAAAUGCUCCAUCUUGCAUUAUAAAAUAAAGUGAAUCCAUUCCAAAGUUUGACGGGUGCUUCCCUGAUCGAAACCUCAUCCUUCCACCAAGUUCUGUGAUAAUCAGUCCAGUAGUUUUUUUGCAUAAUCUUGUUUACAAACAAACAAACCAACCCAAAACCAAACGGACCGGAGGGAAAAAUCACAUCGUUAGCGAACGUAAUCUCACUUAAAAUACGAUGUAGAAGUUUACUUAAGAUAAUUUUAGUAGGAACAUUCAUCUUGUCAGAUUUUGAUAGACUGAAGCUUUUAAACUAGAUUUUGACACAAGGGCCACCACAAAACAUGACUUCAAAAUUAACGAGUAACAAAAAGCUUGAGCUCAUAUUGUAGUAAAGUGAUACCAAUAUGUAUUUAAACAAAGACCUGUGAACCCAGAGCCCUGAAGGCCCCUGAAGAUCUGUGUGUUUCACCUGGUUCAUAAUCCUUGAUG